GUUGAGAUGAAGUUUGUUUCAGCUAAAUACACAACGCGCAUUUAUUCCUACUGCCCACUUGGACAAAAUGGCUUCUCUUACACCUGGGAUUCUCCAGAAACUCUUGCAAAAUGCAGGUAAUAAACACUUCAAGGUCGCCGGCGAACACCGCUCUGCUCUUCUCCAGGUUAUAAGUAUUGUACCUUGUCUAGAAGAUGAUCCAUGGAAGAGCAGGGGUUACUAUCUGAGGGUAUCAGAUUCACUUCAUGCAGCCUACGUAUCAGUAUCAGAUGAAGAUGUUGAGUUGAUACUGAGUGACAAGGUCCAGCUAGGCCAGUUCAUCCAUGUGGCUUGGCUCGAUUCGGGCUCCCCUGUUCCGGUGCUUCACGGCAUAAAACCGAUCCCCAAGAGACGGCCCUGUGUGGGAGAUCCACAGGAUUUGAUUUCCAGUGAUUGUCUGAAUCCUAAGAAAGUGGAAAUAAAGGUGAAAUCGAAGGAGAAGGUUAAGAAAGUUGUAGGAAUUAAUGGGCAUGGCAGUGUUGUGGUUGGAGGAGGUUUAGAGGGUAGAAGAUUGAGCUUGGAUUCGGCCCGAAAAGGAUGGGAUUCGAGCCCCAUUAGCAAGAAUGGUGCUAAACGUUUGUCGAUGUCUAAAUCAAGAGACAAGGAUUCACAAUCAGAUUCUGUUGUCAUGAAAAAGGCCGUCUCUGAGGAUUCACCAAAGAGUUCAAGAAUCUCACCUCUUACAAGCAAGAAUGUUAUGAUCUCACCAAAGCUUCUAACCAAGCCUAUCAAAAGUCUGAAAUUGUGCGAUGAUGAUGUUUUUCCUAUUAAUCUAAAUAAGGUGGCCCUAGGCUCGAAAAAGGGCCCCGAACAAAAAAUCUUGUGGGAUUCACUUUCUUCUACGAUUUGUCACCUGGGCCAGGGUGUUAGAAGCUACAGGCAUGUUAAGUUUGUCUCUGCAGUCCAUGCACUAGAAGAAGCAUCUGUGUACGAAAGUGUCAUCCAGUGCAUGAGCAUGUUUGCAGAACUAUUAGAGUUAAAAGAUUGUUCCAGUCCAUUAAUAGAACGGUUCUUGAGCGUUCACGAGAGCAUCAAGAAAGCGUCUACUGUAGUUUGUACCCUGAUAAACAUGAGAAGUCCCGACCCAAAUGACAGCAGCGAUUCUCUUUCUCAACGGUCAGAACCAAGGACUCGCCCCUCUCCUGCAAGCAAGAACGCAUCGCUAUGGGUUCAAGCUGCAGUAGAGACCAAUCUUUCCAAAUUCUCUUUGUACACUAAAGGAGACGAAAAGGGCACUCCAAAGAGCGAAACAUGUCAUUACAUUGUAAUAGACGAAAGUCCAGAGAAAACCAAGCACAGCCCAUUAAAGAAACCUUUCCCACAAGUGAAAGAACCGAUGUCUCAAUCAAGAAAACAUCUUUCCACCAGAAAAGGAACAAACGUCGGACAAGAAUCAUGGUUGCCGGGAUCAGGACUAAAACACACAGCUAGUUUAGUAGAAAAGUUGCUCUCGUCGUCACGUGCAUGGUUCUUGGACUAUAUGGAAGAUUCUUUAGAUAACGGCUUUGGUUUGGGACCGAGCAGGGACAAUAUGUGUCAGAUUGCUGUCCUUCUCGGGCAGCUUAAGAGGGUUAAUCAGUGGUUGGAUGGUGCCUUUGAGGAUGGAGGUCAGGCCGAUGAGAGGAUUGAGAGGUUGAAAAAGAAGCUAUACCUAUUUCUACUCGACCAUGUCGAUUCUGCAGUUUCUUGCAGGUAGAUUUAACCUAACAGAAUUAAUGCUGAAUCUUAGUUAGAAUUAAGGCAUGCACAACAUGUACAAAACAGAGGUUUUAAGUUCUGACAAUCAAUGACUUAAGAAAUGAGCAGAAACCGAGUCUUUA